AGUUUUCCAAUAAAUUUGGCUGCUGUAUAGUGAUAAUAAGAAAAUAAUGUGACUUAGAAGGAAAAAAAAGAAUUUCGUAUUUUAUUUUUUUUAUAUUCAUUAUCAAAUUUUUUUUUUUUAUUAAUAAUGGAUAAUUUUUUUUUCAAUUAAUUAUUGUUAAUUUUAAUUAUAUAUGAAUUAGUAAAAUAUAGUAAAAAAAAUUGUCAAAUAUUACUACCAGAAUAAUUAAAUGAUUUAUUUAAUAUAAUUUUAUUUCUAAUUUCUAAUUAAAAUUUUUUUUUUUCUUUUAAAAUUCUAAAGAUUUUAAAUAAAGAACAUGUUGUUAGUUACGUAUUUUGUAUUAAAGUUAUUAAUUAUUGUUUCUAUUAUUGAUUGUGUAUUAUGUUUUAAAAAUGAUUCUAAUUUUGAAGUUAAAUUAGUUAAUGUGAUAUUUAGACAUGGAGAUCGUACACCAGAAUGGGUGUACCCUAAUUUAAAAGGCAUCAAUCAAAGUUAUUAUCCUGUGAAGUUGGCAGCAAUGACCAAUAAAGGAAAAUUGCGUUCAUAUAAAUUUGGAGAAUUACUUCGUUUAAUGUACAACGAAUUUUUAGGAACUACUUAUAUUGAAGAUGAAAUUUAUGCACGAAGUACUAAUUUUGAACGUACAAAAAUGACUCUACAACUCGUCUUAGCUGGUUUAUAUCCUCCAAAUGAAUUGCAAAAAUGGAAAAAUAAUUUAAAUUGGCAACCUAUUCCAAUAAAUUAUGUUCCAGAGGGACAAGAUAUUCUUCUUAAUCGUGUAUAUAUUUGUAAUUCAAGUAAAGAAGAACAUAAUAAAGUUUUACAAUUACCAGAAGUAAAAAAAAAAUUGAAGAGUUAUGAAAAUUUAACUCAAAAUUUAACACAAUUAACUGGAAUAAAUAUAACGACAACUAGAGAUAUUUUUACACUUUACUGUGAUCUUAUAUGUUUAAAAUUUAUGGAUUUUGAAUUACCAUCAUGGGUUAAUGAAUAUUUAGAUAAUAGCCAAUUUUUAGAAGCAGCAUUAACAAGAUUGGAAAUUUUAAAUUACAAUAAACGUUUACAACGAAUCAAUUCAGGACCUUUAGUUCAAAAAAUUAUGAAAGACAUGUCAGAUGCAGUCAAUAACAAAAAGAAGGAAAAAAUUUUUUUAUACAGUAGUCAUGAUAUUAAUAUUUAUGGUUUAUUAGCUGCAUUGAAUCUUGUUGAACCGCAUGCACCAGAAUUUUCCAGUGCUGUAAUUAUAGAACUUCUACAAUUGAAUAACAAUUACUUUGUAAAAAUAUUACAUUACUUGGGAGUACCACAUGAAAUAAGGGAAUUACAAAUUCCAAACUGUACUUCACCUUGUCCGUUAGAUAAUUUUUUAUAUUCGAUAUUGGACAUUUUUCCAUCUGAUGAUGAAAUUAAUUGUUUAUAGAUCUGUAUUAUAAAUAAUUUGAUUGUGAGAAAUUUUUUUUUUAUUGUGUUAUACGUCUUAAAAAUAGAGAAAUAACUAAACAAACAAAA